AUCAGUUCAAUUUAGUCGCUGUACACAUUGCAACGCCGGUCGCCAGUUACUGGAUUUUACAACUUUAUAACCAAAAACACCAUUGACGCUUAUCACACAGCCCCAGUAUGACCGCCCUCAAAGUUUUCGUGAUCUUCAGUGCUCUCUUCGCGUUGGCCUAUUGCGCGCCAAAUCCCGGUUUCUUUGGUGGUGGCAAACAUGAACACCACACCAUCCAUGUACCCUACAAGGUGCACACCAUUCACCACCAUCACAUCAAGAAGGUGGAGGUGCCCGUGAUCAAGGAAGUGGAGGUCAUCAAGCAUGUGCCUAUCUACAAGGAAGUGCAUGUGCCCGUUAUUAAGGAGGUGCAUGUGCCAGUGCAUGUCCAUCACAAGGAGGAAGUUCAUCACAUCGAAGAAGAUCAUCACGACUACCACAAGGGCGGCUGGUACUAGAGAGGGAGUGAGUGGAGGCGCUCAUCCGGUUAGGUGUUGCCAUUAGCAAUGCUCUAGUUACAAUUUUAGUUAUAUGCUUAUAUAAUAAUAUGCAUACAUAUGUACAUAUAUGCACGUAUAUAAGCGAUUGAGUAUUAACACAAUUGUUUUUGUAUUUUUUUUUUAUUUUUUUAUUUUUUUUUUGGUUGUUUUAAUGUUACUACAGCGCACGCGCGUUUUUCCAUGUGUACAAAUUUCAUUUUACCUGACAUGAAUUUUAUUUUAAUUAUAUAUUUUCGACUUCCAUAUUAUUCUGGUCUAUUUAGUUAUAGAUGCUCUAUUUUUUUAUUUCAUUGUAUUUUUCUCAUUUUGAUUUUGCUUUAUUUACAUACAUACAUUUAGCAUAUCUAGAGAAUAUCAUACACACAUAUAUAUAGAGUAUAACUGUUAUUGGUCUUUUAUAUUUUUUUUUUGUGUAAAUAAUUGUUUAGCAAAAAGUACAUACAUGUGUACACAUAUCUGUAUGUAUGUGUGUGUGAAAUGCCUAUCGAAAUAUGUAAAGAAGGAAAUAGGAUAAAAUAAAGAAAAACUGUAAUAAACGAAAAA